AUGCACGUAAGAAGGGAACUCGCGGAGAAUGCCAAGCGUGGCACCGCUGACGGGAAUUACGCCGACGAUCUCGACGUUGACGUCCUGAUUGUGGGUGCUGGUUUUGGCGGUAUCUACUCCCUGUACGAAAUGCGAAAGCUCGGGCUCAAAGCCGUCAUCUAUGAAGCGGGGAAUGACAUUGGUGGCACAUGGAGAUGGAACUGUUAUCCCGGCGCGGGUGUGGACUCGGAAGUGCCCGAGUAUCAGCUGUCGAUCCCGGAAACCUGGAAGGAUUGGACGUGGUCGACCAAUUAUCCCAACUAUGAGGAGCUGCGCAAGUACUUUGACCAUGUGGACAAAGUCCUCGAUAUCAAGAAGGACUGCGCAUUCAACAGUGUAGUCGUCAGCGCCCACUUUCAUACGGUAGAAGGUCGCUGGCAUAUCCGGACGGCAGAUGGAAGAACUGCACGGGCCAAAUACUUUAUCAUCGCCGCCGGUUUUGCGGCUAAGCGCUAUAUUCCGGAGUGGCCCGGCAUUGAGAAGUUCAAGGGUACCGUCCAUCACUCGUCAUUUUGGCCGGAUGAGAAGAUUGACGUUCGUGGGAAGCGCUGUGCGAUCAUUGGUACUGGAGCCUCUGGCGUGCAAGUCACCCAAGCCUGGGGACCUGAGGCCGGGGAGCUCAAAGUCUUCCAACGCACGCCGAACCUGGCAGUGCCCAUGCGCAAACGAUCUCUCACGGUGAAGGAACAAGAGGACACCAAGGCGUUCUAUCCGGAACUUUUCCGGUAUCGCGAGAAAUGCUUUGCUGGGUUCCUGUACACAUUUUGUGAGCGCGGUCUGUUUGAGGACAGUGAAGAAGAGCGGGAGCAGUUUUUAGAAAAGCUGUGGACUGAGGGUGGAUUUCGGUACUGGGUUGCUAAUUACAAGGAUUAUCUGUUUGAUGCGAAGGCAAAUCGUGUCGUUUAUGAUUUCUGGAGGAAGAAGGUGUGUGAGCGCAUUAAUGACCCCAAGGACCAAGAGCUCCUGGCGCCUUCAGAGCCACCACACCCCUGGGGAGUGAAGCGGCCUUGUUUGGAAUAUGACUACUACGAGCAGUUCAACCGGCCCAAUGUCGGCGUGGUCAAUAUCAAAGACAACAACAUUGCAGACUUCACUGAAACCGGCAUCAAGCUGCAAGAUGGAACCGAAUAUGAAUUUGACAUUGUGUGUAUCGCCACGGGAUUCGACAUCACCACUGGGGGCAUGACCAGUAUGGGGCUUCACAGUAUCUCUGGCAAUAGUCUCAAAGAGGAAUGGAAAUCGGGUGCCUUCACCCAUCUUGGCAUGACUGUCAGUGGGUAUCCCAAUAUGUUCCAUAUUUACGGGCCACAUGGCCCGACCUUGCUGAGCAAUGGCCCUACAACCGUUGAAAUCCAGGGGCGGUGGAUUGCCGAUGCCAUCAAGCAGAUGGAGCGGCAAGGCAUCAAGUACAUCAAUCCGACCGCGAAGGCCGCCCAAGAGUGGAAGGUCAAGAUCAAUGCACUUUCGGACAGGUCACUCUUCCCUACGACCAAGUCCACCUACAUGGGUGGUAGCAUGCCCGGAAAGGUCUUUGAGCAGGUCAACUAUGCCGGGGGGGAGUACGCUUAUUCCAAGGAGAUCCGAACAGCUCUUCCCGACUUUGUUGGAUUUGACGUCGUCAGACGCUGA